AAAUGAUACAGAAAUAGAUUGUAUUUCUGUAUUUUGUGUUGUCUAAAAUUCUAUGACAAAGGAAGCAAUCUAUACGACUAAUACUGAAUAUCAAGUUCAGUUCUUUAUUACUUCAAACCUUGUGGUUCAUCAGUACAAGUGCAUCCUCCUUCCACACUGACUGGACAGAUUCCUAGAUAUACUGCUAUUGGUCGCCCACUACUGAAUACAGCAAGACGAACAAAUCCUACCUGAUAAUCAGCUCUGGUAAACAGGUGAUAACGGUCGCGUCCGUCUACCUCGACCUUUCGUUAUCUCCAAACCCACAACCUAGCGGAUACCGCAAGACAUUCAAGAUGGCGGCGUCCUCGAGCAAGAUGAAAUCCAAAUGGAUAUUGUUUGCAUGCUUAUUUACGCUCGUCAAAGGUCAGGGAUCGUCAUUCUACGACAAAGGUUCCGUAAGUUUAGACGCUACCGUCCACAAGAAGGCAAGGGUUGACCUACCACAGGGCAAACAUUUUGCUUUCUACGGCGGCCAAUACUCGAGCAUAUGGCUAACAACUGAUGGUUUUUUAUCUUUCGACGAGAGAGCAGAGUAUUCCAAUACCGACUUUAGCACCGGAGAUGUUAGGCCGUCCUCUGACUACCCGAUCAUCGCACCUUUCUUUCACAGCGGUGAAGCACUGGACUCGCACAGCGGGGCUGGGACAAUAUACUACAGGACGCUCGACCCAAGUCAGGAUAGCGCAGAACUCAAUAUGUUUGGUGUCAAUAUAUCCAAUGCUGUUGUAGGAAUCAAAAACUUCCAGCCAACUGGAGGAAUCAUUGUCACAUGGGAUAAUGUGGCGGAUGCUAUUGAAAUCAGCAAUGGAUGUAACCCGUGCAAGAGGAGCAGUUUUCAAGCUGCUAUUUUAACAGACGAGAGAGCCUUUACUUUCGCCAUCUUCAAUUAUGGACAAAUGGAUAUAGAUAUAAGGAGGUAUUAUCAGAGUGGAUUUAAUGCUGGAUAUGGCGGUGGUUGGACAACAGCCGUGCCACAAUCAGAGCUUAACCGCGCACAAUCACUGAAAGGAAGUGACGUGCAAGGACGGUACUACUUCCGGGUCUGUGCGGAUAGAAUAAUUAGAGGGGGAUGCCGGGACAGAAAUUUGCAAACUGACGGUGUUCCCCUGGAGAUGUGGCCUAGUUUCGGCGGGAUGUAUGGCGGGCAGACGAUAGAGAUGUCGGGAUCCUGCAUUAACCCGGAUGAGAGCAUCUCGUGCUCUUUUGGCAAUUCACAAGUGGUUUCUGACGGCAUCUACAUCAACUCUAUGAAGACGAAAUGUAGCGUGCCGAGACUUCUGGAGAGAGGACGUGUAACAGUCUCACUGAGACACGGCAACGGAAGAGUAUAUUCUGGGAUAAUAACGAUAGUAAGUCCCGGUAGGAUGAAGGACCCACUCCAUUCUAUUGAUACGCCCGGCUCAGGUUGGAAUACCACAGACACAGCCACACUGUCGAUGACCUGGGAUUCAAGUCUUCUUUCAGAACAGCGAAAUGCUAGGGUUACCAUCAAACUCAUUGGCUACAGAGAACGUGGUUCGAAGGCAGAAUGGGUCGAGUUGGCUGUCUUGGGCUCAGGCCCAAACGCCAUGAACAACGGAAGGUACACUUUUAACACACGUGACCACAGAUGUUCGGGUGACUUGUGUGAUGUGGAGACUGGUGUGGUGGAGGUACGGCUGGAUGAUCCUACAAGUGCCACAUCCCAUCUUUUCCUGGUGAGUCGUGAACUACCCCUUGGAUGGUUUGUCAACAACGACAUGAUUCAGAGAUAUGGUAAUCAUUGGCCCCACGACAAGUGUAUGUUAUGGUACAACAACGAUAGACAGGAUAUGGCCUGGCUUCAGUCACUCCCUUACUGCCCCUGUAACCUGGGCCAGGCCCUUGUAGAUAUCGGCAGAUUCCAAACCGACCCAGGAUGUGAUAUGUUCAGAGGAAGCAAAUGCACUUACCAUAUCGGAGCAAUUCAUUGUGUAAGAGCAGUGAAACCUACGCCGCUAGGAUCUGGGAACCAGUGUUGUUAUGGGCCUGAUGGUGCCCUGCGGUAUGCCGCUGAUACGUUCCAGGGUAGCACUCCGGACAGGAGUCAUGCUUGGGGUGCUUUCCCGUACGGCCGGACAGACCUCGUGCCCAGCAUGUCCCACUGGGUCAAGGACGUGGUGACCUUUUACUACUGUUGUCUGUGGACGAAUUACGCUGACUGUGAUUACUACAUGGACCAGCGGGCCACUAGAGACUGUACUGGCUACUCACCGCCAAGAGCAGCUGCCAUAUACGGACAGGGUCACGUGAGAACACUUGGAAAUCGUUACUAUCGUGUUUACGGUGCCGGUGACUUCAUUCUCUUGGAAACUAUGUCCAAUGAUGUAUCUAUUCAGGGAAGGUUUUCGAGACAAUAUCAAGACACGUCCUCCAAACAACAGACAUCAACGACUUUGAACUCCUCCGUAUUCCUGUCCAGCAUAGGCGUAUCAUCAGGCAAGGAGAUUGUAGAGAUCAAACUUGACCGGAACAGCCCUCGACGCAUGCUUAACGUCCUAGUCAACAACACUUUCCAGUUUUUUGACUCAGAACCCUUAUAUAUGCAGCAGUUUUCAGAGAUGACCAUUGUGAAUUCGCCUAAUACAGCUGGGAAUAUCAACUCGAAUUUCACCGUUAUUCUGAAGAACGGGAUGGGUGUUCAAGUGGUGGCCGCUAAUGGUAUGCUGAAUGUCUUGGUGAUGGUUCCCUACACAAUGAAGGGUCAGGUUCAUGGACUUCUGGGAAAGUGGAAUGACAACGGCACGGACGAUUUUACGUCCAGGAGUACUAACCAGAUCGUAACAUCAACAGACAACCCGACAUUCUACAACCAGUUCACGUAUUCCUGGAGUGUGAAUGAUUCUACAGACUCAAUCCUACCUCACUACGUUUCUCCGAAAACUCCGUCCGACCUUACGAACAACGUGCCGUUCCCUAUGACACCUUCGUUAAUGCACAGCGUGUGCUUUACACAAAAAGAUUGCCAAUUUGACUAUCAACAUCUCAACAAAAGGGCACAAGCCACACAAACGAGAAUGUCUGCUGAAUGGUUCGCAGAGGUACAAUCACUAGUAACACCCGUGCGAUCGUGCGGACUGUUGAACGUGCCCCGUAGUACAAAGAGUAACUUCAACUACAGCCUGGGCAGCAUGGUGACUGUGACUGGCUGUAGAACAGGUCAGCUACAGGGAGACUCAGCGUACACCUGUGAGGCAACGUCCAACAUUACUCAGACCUGGAGUCCAUCCGUCUCCGCUGUCUGUGCAAACAUUCCUUUGGAUGAGGCUGAUAUCGGAAUGAUUGUUGGUAUUGUCGUGGCUAUCGUAGUGGUUCUGGCGGUAGCAGUCUUCAUCGCUAUCAUUCUCAGGCGCCGAAGCCGUAAAGACAAGAGUCAAAGUGUACCGGACGAAGGAGGGAACUUCUCAGAAGACAGAAAUAACCCUGUCUCAUCUGGGGAAUAUGACGCACAUUAUUCAAAGGUAAAUCGAAGAGAGGAAGUUGACGUACCGAGGAAGAAAGACAGGAAGAGCAAGGAUUUGGACAUGUAACCACACCACAAACCAAACUACACUUGUGAAAUAAAAUUACGGAUUGAAUGGAAUGAAACGAAUUGAGAUGAUGUCGGCAGCGGAAAGGAGGAUACGGUUAUACGGUUGUGUGACCGGAAGAAGAACAUUCGUUUUUGAAUUCUGUCAUAUUGGAAAUCAGAAUUCGCUUAAUGAUAAGUAAACGCAUGUGGUUCUUUGCUCAUUUUUCUUAUCUUAAACAAGUGUACUGGAACGAAGACGGACAUGGUUUACUGCUCCAGACCGCAAUGAUUCUUCUUUGUCAAUGUACCAGAAUGCUUUCGAUCAAUUAUAUUAAUAGCAAUGUAUCAUUAGUUAUUUCGUCAACAUAUUUGAUUAUAGAAAAUUAUAAUAUCAAAGUUCAAGUAAAUUUAUCUUUUCGAUCCCAUGAUAUCAAUUCUUUGUUUAUUAAUUAUCAAUGUUCUGCGUUAAAAUCUUUCCGCAUUACUAAUGCCUAGUAAUAACGAACAUUUUGUUUUUAAUUAUAGGGAUUAGAACAUUCUCAUGUAGGUAAAGCAGUUGAUUUUAAUUGGUUCGAAGUCGAUUCAGUAAGUAAAAAGUAUUUAGAAUAACGCCAACUAAACUGAUACUUAUUUUUAUAUGGAGCGCAAUCUGCCUUAAACAACGUCAGAUUUUCUAGCAUUUUGAAUGUCUUCAAUGCUGUUCUAUUUAUCAUGUUCAUCAAUUUUCAAUCAUUAUCAUUUUGUUUGGUCUGACUUACUCGAUGAAAUUUCCUGUUAUACAUCACUGAUUAUAUACUGUUAACUGUAUAGUUUAGUAUAGUCAAUGUUUGUUGCAGUGUGCUCCAUUAUGUUGUUCGCGAGUGUGCGUUUCUCAUUUUUGAACAAAGACUAACAGACUGCAAGUGCCUCCAUCCUCUAGAUUAUCGCACAUAUACAAUGAUCAUCGAUACCACUCUGAACACUUGUAUACAUUGUAUACGAUAUGUGGAAUUCCAUAAAACAACUGUAUGCUUUACACCAUAAGUAAUUAUAUGCCUUCUAUUUAUGUAAAUGCAUGUACGGUCAUACUUUUUUAAGCUUGUAAAUGUUGUAGACCCACUAGAUUUUAUAUAACACAACAAAUUACUGAAUGCUAUAAGAUACGACUGUUUGUUAUCAUAUCUAGGCAGCAUAUUGUAUAUCGGAGUAUACGUAUAUUUCAAUAAUGUUAUUGUACCUGACCUGUAUUCAGCUCUGUGUGUGGAAAGAUAAUUACAAUGUACGCCAGGUUAGCUGUCUGUGUAUAAAAUUCGUAAAUACUUACAUAUAAAAAUUAAAAGCGAGUUUAAAAUGUUUUGAUAGAACGUCUUCUAAUAUUUUGAUAUCAACUUUUCGCGAUAGGCAUGCAAUAUUUUUUCAUUAGAAAAGCGUGUGUCCACUUAAAUUUUGUUACACGUUUUAUUCACUGAUGUUCCAUUUGCGUAUAAAUUGUAUUUCCAGCUUUGAAAGUUCGCUACUGUCGUAUCCAGUGUGUAACUGUGUGAAAACGAUGUGAAAUUACGUACGUGUUUGGUUAUGUGUCAACGUCACGUACGCGUUUGGUUAUGUGUCAACGUCAAGGACGUGUUUGGUUAUGUGUCAACGUCACGUGUGCGUUUGGUUGCGUGGCAGCGUCAUGUACGAGUUUGGUUAUGUGUCAACGUCAUGUACGUGUUUUGUUAUGUGUCAAUGUCAUGUACGUGUUUGGUUAUGUUUUAGAAGCGUAUUUUUACUGAAGUACUGUUAAAUAUAUAGACUAUUAAAGCGAAUUUUCUUACAUCAUUUUAUAUCUAUAUAUUUAUGUGUAUAUUUUGGUUUGUAUCGAGACGUUCGCUUCAUUACCUAUAAAGCAUACCAUGAGGUUUUACAUUUGUAAUUAAAAAGGACAAUUGCCAUUCAAUAUUGGAAAUAAAGUAAAGAUGACGUCG